AAUAAAAAAAUUAGUGAUAAAUAAUGGAGUAAAAGGAGAAAUGUAAAGAAAAUUAGAGAGCAAAUUGGUAAGAAACUAAUCGUGAUGCUCAAAAACACACUUGCGUUCUCCAAAACCUCCUUCCAGAAAAUUCCAGGAAGAGAAGAAAAAACAAACAAUAAUCAACCAAAUCACAAACUCCUAAAACCCAAAAUUGAAAACCCCAAUUUGAAAUGCUGAUUAAACAACCAUCAUUUUAAUCCUAAAAUCAAUGGAGAAAUCACCUUACUCAAACUCUCUAGAAAUGCAGUGCGUAGGAAAAUUAGAAAUUGCAAGCCCUAAACCACUAGGAUUUCUUUGUGGUUCUAUUCAUGUACCUACUGAUAAAUCCUUCAACUCUUUCAGUUCUGCUCUUGUUCCUUCUUCUGAAACGGUAAGUGCGCCAAGAUAUCGAAUGCUACCCACGGAAACUGAUCUUAAUAGUCCGCCAUUGCCAACGACUAGUAUUCCUGACAUGGGUUCAUCUGCUCCUUCUGAAGGUGUACCCUGGGAUGAUGGGGUUGUUACAUCUAAUCUAGUUAGGAAGGGUGAGGCCCUUGCUGUAUCCGGUUUGGUGGAGUAUGGUGAUGAUAUAGAUGUCAUAGCUCCUGCUGACAUCCUGAAGCAGAUUUUUAAGAUCCCUUACUCAAAAGCUCGACUAUCCAUUGCAGUUCACCGUGUUGGGCAAACUCUUGUUCUAAAUGCUGGGCCUGAUGUUGAGGAUGGUGAAAGAUUUGUGAGGAGAAACCAGCCUAAAUGUGCAGACGAAUCACUCUUUCUCAAUUUUGCUAUGCAUUCAGUUCGAAUGGAGGCUUGUGAUUGCCCCCCUAAUCAUUCUACGUCUGCUGUAGGACAGCCCAAAGCAUCUGUUCUUCCCGACACCUCUAAUAUAAAGAAUACCUGCUUCAAAUCUGAUUUUCAGAACAUUUCUAAAAAAGAACAUGAUGAUGACAAUUCUGAUUAUUCUAAAGGCAAACAAGAUGAUUUGUAUUGGGAGAAAAAAAAGAGCAAGAGAAGUACGGCGUGUGAUCCUGUAAAAAAGGCUUCUCAUAUUGGUGAAAAGCCAAGAGGCCCAGUUCAGGAAUCUGAUUAUCAAAGAUGUGGUAAUGAUGACUUUCUGAGAGUCCUUUUAUGGCAGUUCUACAAUUUCCGUGUUUUGCUUGGCAGUGAUUUGCUCCUAUUUAGUAACGAAAAAUAUGUAUCGGUCAGCUUGCAUUUAUGGGAUGUGUCCCGACAGGUCACACCUAUAACUUGGCUUGAAGCAUGGUUGGAUAAUGUUAUGGCGAGUGUUCCGGAGUUAGCCAUCUGUUAUCAUAGAAAUGGCGUAGUUAAAGGCUAUGAACUUCUGAAGACAGAUGACAUAUUUCGUCUGAAGGGUGUCUCUGAGGAUGGUACACCAGCUUUUCAUCCAUAUGUUGUUCAACAAAAUGGACUGUCGGUUUUGAGAUUUCUUCAGGCCAAUUGCAAACAAGAUCCUGGUGCUUAUUGGCUGUAUAAAAACGCUGGAGAAGAUGUGAUUCAACUUUUUGAUCUCUCUGCUAUACCCAAAAGCCAUCCUCCAGAAAGCGAUGAUGGUUGCUCUAGCACAUUGCCAUCUUUGAUUUACAGAGGGAGAUCCGACUCUUUAUUGACUCUUGGGACUCUUCUUUACCGCGUCGCUCAUAGGCUUUCACUUUCCAUGGUCCCCAACAAUAAGUUCAGGUGUGCUCAGUUUGUUCGGAAAUGCUUGGAGCUAUUGGAUGAACCUGAUCAUUUGGUUGUCCGUGCAUUUGCCCAUGAACAAUUCGCAAGGCUUAUUUUGAAUAGUGAUGAAGAGCUAGACUUAGCUGCUGACGUUUUCCCCCUUGCAUCAGAAGUGAUAGUCACUGAUCAAGAAGAAGAGUCUUUGGAUAUUGUCAGUAUUAUCUCAGAAUCUAGUAACCAGGAGUCAUCAAACAGUGAUCCUAACAACUCUCAGGACUCAAUUUCUGAGGCUUCUGGAGUAGACAUUCAGGAUAAUGUAAAUAUUUCUGAAUCAUUUGGUUGCAUUGCAUCUGAUCUUGUGGAUGUCAAAAGUUCUGGAAUUCUGCAGCGUCUUCGACCAGAUGAGGACUACAACUCAACCCCUGCAGAUGUAAUUCAGACCAUUGCAGAUCCGAUUUCCUCAAAACUUGCCGCUGUACACCAUGUUUCUCAAGCUAUCAAGUCACUCAGAUGGACACGACAACUACAGGGUACUGAUUCUUCUGAAUCAGAAUUCAGUAAUGGAACGAUGCACCACCCAAGUCAAUCCGAAAGUUUUUCUGUUUGUGCUUGUGGUGAUGCUGAUUGUAUUGAAGUUUGUGACAUUCGGGAGUGGCUCCCAACUUUGAAGCUGGACCAUAAGCUGUGGAAACUAAUUCUUUUGCUUGGGGAAUCUUAUUUAGCACUUGCCGAGGCUUACGUGGAGGAUGGACAGUUACUACAAGCAUUAAAAGUAGUUGAAGCUGCAUGUUCAGUUUAUGGGUCAGUGCCUCAAUACCUCCAAGAUGCCAAAUUUGUCUCUUCGAUGGGUAAUGGUAUAUCUUGGUUUAACGGACCCACUAAUAUAGAAGAGAAAGGACCUUUAAUAAGUGAUAAGACUCAACCAUACAAGAGUGCUUUUAAUGACCGUGUAAAUCCCGAGGAUUUCUCUUCCACCUACCUGUUUUGGGCCAAGGCUUGGAUGUUGGUUGGAAAUGUCUAUGUUGAGUUUCUCGCUGUGCACAACAAAGAGACAUCUUCGCAAUCGAACCAUACUCAUUCUGCCCAAGAGUUAAGAAUGUCAUCAGAAGUUGUGAAAGAACUGAUAAGGCUUAAAAAGAAGCUGAGCCAUGAUGUAGAGAAUUGCAGCACAUGUUCCCUGGUAAAUUGUAGCUGUCAGAGUGAUAGGGCUAGCAGUGGUGUAAGUGCUAGUAGCAGCAAUGGAGACACUAAACCGUUUGUUCAUGGCAGAAGACAGAGUAAGAGAUCACAUUUGAGAAAUUCGGCCACCUCUUCCUCUUCUCAGCGUAUUAACACACAAAAUAACCAUCCCCAUUUUGAAGGAGACCCUGCAAGAAAUUCCGUCGUAAUGAGGGACGUAAACGACAGUGACACAACUACAAAAAGGUAUAACAUGACUCCAGAUGAGACCAAGGAUCUGCUUUCACAUUCCACUUUUGGUGUUGACCAAGGUGAGAGUACUGCUGAUCCUGCUACCCGGGAAGGCACAAGGGGUGCCCCAGGUUCUUUUGACAGUUCUAUUGAAACUACAUCCGGAGAAUCACUUAAAAACAGGAGUGGUGGAAUAUUUAAGUACCUUCAAGGACCCGAAAGCACGGAUAGAGAGACUAAUCUUUCAUUGGCCUUAAUCUGUUAUGAGUCUGCUAUUAUGGCUUUUGGUGAGCUUUCUUUUAGUUCAAAUGAAUUGCAGUCUCUGCUUAAGAAGGUAGGUUGGGUUUGCAACGAACUUGGAAGAAUUAAGCUCGAAAGAAAGAAUCUAGCCGAAGCUGAAGCUACUUUUAAAAAGGCAAUCGAUGCCUUUAGACGGGUUUCUGAUCAUACCAAUAUUAUACUCAUCAACUGUAAUCUGGGUCAUGGUAGACGUGCAAUGGCCGAGGAACUAAUAUCUAAAAUGGAGUACUUUAAGUCAAAAUCAAUCCUCCGUGAUGCAUACAUGCAGACCUUGGAUGCUGCAAAAGUGGAAUAUGGCAAGUCGCUUGGCUUUUACGAAGUCGCAAAGUCCGAAUUGAGCAACGUCAGUAGUGAUGCAGAUAAUUUUCCAACUGACCUCAGAAAUGAAGUGUAUACGCAGUUUGCGCAUACGUAUUUGAGGCUUGGCAUGUUAUUGGCAAGAGAAGAUACAAUCGCAGAUGUUCAUAUAAAUGGGGUUUCUGAAGACAAACCAAUAGUUCCUCAAGGUCUUACUGAUAAAAGAAUAACGAAGGGACGUAAAAAGAGUCAGAUUUCAGCCAGUGAUGCUAUAGGAGAAGCUUUGACUAUUUACGAGUCUUUGGGUGAGUUACGGAAACAGGAAGCUGCGUAUGCUUAUUUCCAGCUAGCUUGUUAUCAAAGAGAACAGUGCUUGAAGUUUUCGGAUUUGAGCCAUAAAAGCAGCAAUCAAUUAAAAGGUGAAAAUGGCAUUCUCCGUAGGGUAAAACAGUAUCAUUCCUUGGCCGAGACGAACUGGCAGAAGGCAAUUGAUUUCUACACGGCAAAAACGCAUCCCACCAUGUAUCUAUCAAUUUUAAUAGAGAGAGCUGCUCUCUUAUCAAGUCUUUAUAACGUUUAUAACUCACACUUGAUGCUCGAGACUGCUUUGAGUUGUUUGCUUGAAGCUCGCCAUGUCUCAGAGCUGUUGAAUUCGGGUUCCUCCGCAAAUGGAACUGUUAAUGCUUGUACUAAAUUCUGGAUACAGUUACAGACGAUAUUGAAGAAGAUGUUGGCUUCUUCUCUAUCAGCGGAUUCAAACAAAACAAAUGUAUGUUCAUCACUGGGAACUUCAUCAUCAAAGAAGUGUGGCGAUGCCGAGAAACUGAGAGAGCUUUAUAGGAUAUCUUUGAAAUCCCCAGAUUUUAACCAAUUGCAUUAUAUGAACAACUUAUGGGUUGGAAUUACAGCUCAGGAACAUCGCACUGAAGCAACUCAAAGAUCAGACUGAUCUUACAAAAUUAAGUGUGUCAUGCUUUGAAAGUGUUGGUUUUGCCUAUGUUAUACAUGUAUAGAUGUACAAAUGAGCGACCUUGUAUCAUUAAUAUUACAGCCCAUCUUCUAUGAAACCAUCUCACUGUGAAACGGCUCGAAAACAAGAAUCUCAUAAGCUAGAAAUUUUUAUAAUUGGAUUAUUUAACUCAAGUAUGAGACUUCUCUCACGAUGAGACUGUCUCAUACAAGAAUUUGUGUUAAUAGUAAAACUGUGACAUUGUUUUGUAUAUAUACAAAAUUUGUCUUACUUUUCUUUGUAGUUUAUUUCCAUCGAAUUUGUUUUAAUUUUAUGUUUGAUCAUGACUCUAUGAUCCAU